GAAAUGAGUCAGUGCAGCAAAAGAUGCAUGAUGUCCUUGGCUUGCCUGCUUGAUUUUGGGCUAACGUGGACUCUAAACUGAGCUUAUAAGUGGUGGCAGGUAUUUUUUUAUCUCUUAUAACCAGGUAAGAUAUACUCUGGUUGACUCUAAAAGAAAGCUCGUUAUGCCCUUUCAUAAAUACCCUCCCAAAGUUUGGGAAGCCCUAAAACUGAAGCAGGGCAUCUACGCUCGUCUGCCCAAACACUACCUCAAGUCCCUGGAGCAGAAAGAACCUACCCCUGUUCAUUGGAGGCCUCUGGGGGUCCAGUAUCGAGCAAACCCAAAGACAGGGCAGAAGGAACGGGUACAGGAUGUCCCGAUCCCCAUCUACUACCCUCCGCCCUCCCAGGACGGCCUGUGGGGAGGAGAGGGCUGGAUAUCAGGCUUCAGAUACGCUAACGACGACAAACUGUCUACUCGUCUGAGGAAGACCUGGAAACCACAGCUCUUCAAGAGGGAGUUGUACAGCGAGAUCCUUGACCACAAUUUCACCAUCACAGUCACACCGCGUACUCUGAACCUAGUCGAUGCUGCCUACGGAUUUGACUUUUACAUUCUUAAAACACCGAAAGAAGACUUGAACUCCAAGCUGGGGAUGGACCUGAAGAGGGCCAUGCUGCUUCGCCUGGCACGCAAAAGCACAGAGCUUUACCCCAGUGACCCUGUGAAGAGAGAGAAGGUCUAUGUCAAAUACAAGCAGUUUGAGAUCCCAGAGGAGGAGGCUGAGUGGUUGGGUCUGAGUCUGGAGGAGGCUGUGGAGAAACAGAGGCAGCUCGAGCAUAAGGAGCCGGAGCCUCUGUUUAAGGACUGUGUGGAAAAGCUGGUGGAGGAGCUGCACAUCCAAAAACUCUCAGAGCCGCACCUCAUCGAGAAGUAGUGAAGACCUGAACUGUUUCUGCAGGACAAGAGGAAGCUUGAAAGACUGAAAAAUGAAGUAGGUUGAACUGUCAUGCUUCUCCAGAAGGUGGUGGGAGUCACUUUUUCAGCGCUGAUAUUCACCUGGGAGAACUUUCUGCAGUUUCAACCUGAAUUUCUAUCUGAGAAUAAGAUGAAGGGUGACGAAUCAAGAGGUAAAGCGCAGAGUAAUGUUUGUUUGUUUAUUUAUUUACCCCUGCUUUGAAUGUCUUUACAUUAGACAUAAUGAUCGAAGAAGAAGCGUCCAUCAGUGUAAAUAGUAUCUGAGCAGCUGUGAUAUCAGGCCCCUGUACAGGAUAGAUACACAAAUAAAAUUUUUCUUUUUUCUUAAACUUUA